AUGGCGGGAACAUUUCGUGACUUACCAGCUCGCCAUGCUGCUCGCUUUAGCGGCAGAGCCAAGUACGAGCUCCUCCAAGCCAACGUUGAACGCCUAUCUGGCUACUCCGCUGCCCUGCAUAACAACGACAUAAGGGCCGCGGCCAUCCUCACCAUCGUCUUUAGUAUCCUCGUCGCCACACUGUUCGGCCCCGACUUUUUCUUUCUCUUGUUUUGGCCCGGGAAGAGGUACCCGCGGUGGUAUGAUAUGGCGAAGGAUAUAGCGGUCUGGAUCUGCAUUGGGGUCGGGGCGGCAGCGAUAAUGAGUACCAUAGUCGUGGUGGCGAAUGAAGCGUAUAUUACUGGGGUUGAGGAUAGGACAGCGACGGAGUUGGUGGACUCGUAUCCAAGGCCCCCUCUACUCUACCACACCUUUCCUCAGAAUGUUGCUUGGGUGGUUCUUCUGUGGCUCGCGCUUAUCCCGACUAUAGCCAGCACGACACUCAUGUUCAAGGCGUCGACACAUGAUUCGCAUUACGGGACUGGCGGUGCUGUCGCCCUGUGCCCCACUGGCCCCCACGGAGAGUAUUUAGGCACCUCGCGACAACGUUCAUUCAUAACCAGCCGAGCUGCUCUUUUCAUCCACAUUCUUGACGUCAGGACCCCUUCAUUUUCCCUCUUCACAACCGUCCUCUUCACCUCGACACUCCUGAUCAUGACCGAGUACGACUUCUCCCCCGAUGCAUACGAGCGGCACCUUGCAAAGCAAGCGCAGAUCGCCAACUGGGUCGACCAAACGAAUGGCUCCACCCCCGCCAAUCCAUUCAGACCAAUCCCAGGCGAGCAUGGGUCCGCCAAUGGAGUGUUUCCCGCCAACACCUCGUUCGUGCCACACUAUUCCGUCUCCGAGCGGGCAGCCAUGCAAGAAGCAGCGGCUCCGCCAGCAAUUCCCCAAUAUGGGUACCCGUAUGGGCCAUACCAGCCUCAAUACCCCAACGUGAAUCCAUACUUCCCCAUCCAAUCGCCACCUGGUGCGGUUUAUUACACGACUGCGCAGGGUGUGCUGCCACCCACCUACGCUGUCUUGCCGGGGCGAUCGCACAAGUCGAGGUCGAAGCACAGUAGCGGAACGAGGAGCCUGCGUGUGAGCCCGACCAGCAUGCCGCUUGCGCUACCCUCGGGGCCUGUGCCCGCUGUCGCAGUCAAUAUCGGUGGCGGGCUCUCGCACAUCGCGCAGCAGGCGCAGCUCGCCAGGCCGAUGCUACCCCGCUCGAUGAGCGACCCCUCUCUCGUUACCGUGGGCCCAGGUGGUGUCACGAUCCCCAUGCAGUCGCAGCAAAUGCCGCAGACGUACGUGACGUACCCGACGCCGUACACCUCCCCGACGUAUGCCUAUCCGCAAGUUGUGUACAGCGCCCAGACUUCGCCGUACACCUCGCCACCGCCGACAUACACGUAUUCGCGCUCGUCAUCGCGCUCGCACCGGUCCAAGUCCAAGUCUAAGCCCACAUCACCGUCGGAUAAGUUUUCGCAGUCGCAACCGCAUCUGCCACUAGGAUCGCCGCCACUGCCAGCUGGUAUGGGCAUGACGUACAUCCAACCUCGACCUGAUCAGCCCAUGGUGGUCCCCAUUAACGGUCGUGUGGGCGGAUAUGUAGUGGUUCCAGCGAAAGGUCAAGAGGUCCGAGUCGUGCAGCCCAGCAACCACAGUGCCCAAGAGAGUGAUGGCCAAUCGUUCUUCGGAAGAUUGAGUCUGAAGAAGUCGAAGUCGAAGAAAUCAAGUAGACGGGACAGUUAUUGA